UAAGCUCUUUUUUCAUCAUCAUUAUUUUCAGAUAUCGUAGAAAACCUUUGCCCUAACGAGUGCAGUAACCAUGGCAACUGCUCAAACAGCACUUGUAUCUGCGAAGAAGGUUUCACAUCACUAGACUGCUCCUUGUCAAUCAAUACAGUACCAGAACUUCUAGGUUUUCAAUAUUGGCGAACUCGUGUCAACGAAUUCCAACUGCUAAAUCUCCUUUUGGCCUCCAUGAUUCAAUGUAACGGAAUUUGGUGCUGUUUGAUUGGUCAGCGCCAUAAGGGGAGGUGGCGUGGUUGGAAACCAUUUCAGUGCUGGCCAGCUGAAACGCUCUAAGGAUUGAAUGGCAGAAACCAGAAGGCGAUUUAGUUACAGUCGUCUGCGCGAGUACACAGAAUAUGCAGCCAAGUACCCAGGAUUUGCCGAGAGGGGUGCACAGCAACAGGAUUCACGAUGGGGGUCUGUGUGACAUUAGAAGGAGGCCAUGCAAGAAAACCAACAUCUUUGGUGAUGGAUUUAUACCUUCAGAGAAUCUCACAUGUCACGCAACCGAAUUCAAGGUGUAUGGCAACAACUGGACACCAAACUCAUCACCACACGAGCUACAAGGCGAACAGUUUGACUUAUUUGGGGUCAAAUGCAGCCUUCCGGACCCUCCAACGAAGAUAGGGGACUACGACAAUCCCGGGACCCCCGCGGGAGGACUGUACAUUAGGAUCUCCAACAACAAGAUCGACGCAAGUCAUCAAAAGAUGAGGUUUAUAUCGUACGACUCCGUCUGUAUGAGGUGCAGCAAGACAGGCACUUGUGUCCUCAGGGUGUAUGGCAACAACUGGACACCAAACUCAUCACCACACGAGCUACAAGGCGAACAGUUUGACUUAUUUGGGGUCAAAUGCAGCCUUCCGGACCCUCCAACGAAGAUAGGGGACUACGAAAAUCUCGGGACCCCCGCGGGAGGACUGCACACUAGGAUCUCCAACAACAAGAUCGACGCCAGUCUGGAGAAGAUGAGGUUUAUAUCGUACGACUCCGUCUGUAUGAGGUGCAGCAAGACAGGCACUUUUGUCCUCAGGCAUGACUCCUGCUUGAUCAAUGGCCACUGUUUUGCGCAAAACGAUGCUAAACCGAACGAGUGGUGUCGUCAAUGCCAGCCAGAUACCAGCCAAUUUACAUGGAGUCGGCGUAAAGUUAAUUCCCCGCCUGUUUUCACCACACUUCCAGUUCAAUUCGCAUUAGUUGGAGAGAAUUUAUCGCUUCAGAUUGAAGCUCUGGAUCCAGAUAACCGUCCCGUUACGUACUCCCUUGCCAACACCGACGCGCAGGGCUACGUGUUCACGCCAGAUGGACAACUGAACAUCACCAUGACCACCUCCGACAGCAAGACGUUCAAAUUCGUAGCCACCGAUGAGUGCAACGCCAGCGAUACAACGACAGUUACUGUAAAGGCGAUGGACUGCCCGUGCCAACACGGGGGAACAUGCCAUCCCCACCCCUACCACCCACGGGGGUCUGGCCAGUACGAGUGCGCCUGCCCUGCGGGAUUCAACGGAAGCCGAUGUGAAAGUGACAUUGAUGAUUGCCAACCUAGCCUUUGUGUCAACGGAACAUGUAUCGAUGGAAUAAACAACUACACUUGCCGAUGUCACGUGGGCUAUAAAGGCGCCCUAUGUGAUGAGAAAGAGCGCAUUUGUGGCGAAGACACGUGUUACCCAGGAGUUAAGUGCAGAGAAAUCCCGGAUGGUGUGUUGUGUCGAUCGUGUCCUGACGGUCUUAUUGGCGACGGGAAGACGUGUAUAGCCCCUGUAACAACAACUCGACCACAGAGCACACAAGACCGUGACCACACAAAUGCUCAAGAGAGUACACCAUCUGGUCCUACGACACAAACUCCUACCGAUACUCUUCCAGGCAUGGGUAAAAAGCCAGCCAAGCAGGCCUCAGGCACUGUUACUAUAGUAACCAUAGUUUCUGCUUGCUCCGCGGGUGGCCUCAUAAUCAUCGGUCUCAUCUCCUGGCGCGUACGCAAAUACAUGAAAAACAGAAAACGGAUUCAUUCCACCGAAGGUAUCAAGGCUGAUGAUGCGGAUCACUGCUAUGACAACCCCAUUGAAAUGACACCGAGGGCGGCAGACUCGGACCACACUUACGAGGAGGUGGGCCAAUCAUCUACAUACGAGUCCCUGAAGCCUGUCGCGGGCCCCCCACAUGAUGCUGCCAAACAAAAAGUUUCUGAGCAUGCGCAAAGCAACGCAUAUCAGGAAUUUGAGAAGCGCCCUGCGGCGAAUUAUCAAGAUCUGGUCCACUGGAAGUACUGAACACAAAACUGGCAUACUGAACACUGAACACAGCUAUUCAAACCGCCACACUGAACAAAGCUAUAACCAACACAGCAUAGAAUAGUCAGCUAUAGUCACAGCUAUAACAAGCACGAAAUAGAAUAGUCAGCUAUAGUCACAGCUAUAAAAAGCACAACAUAGAAUAGUCUUAUGGUUCUGACUUGACUUCUGAUUUUUCAGAUGCAUAUCGUACGUAGCCAUAGUUUUUUUUUUACUAAGAGCUUAUCGCAGUCCGUGACAAUUUCGGGGCCGAAUCCGGCGAUCCGCGAAUCUAUUCACCCCCCCCCCCCCCCCCCCCCCGAUUAUGGAUUGAUAAGGCCGCGUAUUUAUGGUUAGUUGGUGAGGGUUAACUUUUUAGCAGCCGCCAAGGUCUGUAUAAACAUUUUAACUUUCUCAUUAUUCAGUCUUAGGUGAGUGUUGUCCAGUAAUGGAUUUAUUAACCAUGAAAUAGUGUGAACACGUAUGCGUGUGGAUGUAAUUCUGAUUAGGGCAUUUUUUUAAUAAAAGAGAAAAAGGA